CGCAUGCGUGCCGUUUGCGUGCAUGGAGGCUGAGUGGAGCUGAGAGCGAGAGGGUAUUCGCACGGCUCUUUAAACGCGGUCACGUCAGCAGGUGCACUGUAGGACCGCAGCGGUUGUGCUGGAUAUGCGCCGCCCCGAGUUCUUGAAUCUAUUAAGGAGAUAUCCAGAGAAGGCUUCUCGCAGCUGGCUGGCUGAGUUCCUCACCUCGCUGGCUGGAUUUUUAGUUUCAUAAGCAGAACUUGAGCUUCAACACGUCCGGAUAUGAAAAUAGCCGUAGAAGGCUGCUGCCAUGGCGAACUGGACAAGAUAUACGAGACCAUUGGCUACCUGGAGCGCAAGGAGGACGUUAAGGUGGACCUGCUGUUAUGCUGCGGGGACUUCCAGGCUGUGCGGAACGAGGGAGACAUGAAAUGUAUGGCCGUGCCUGCGAAGUAUCGGCAGAUGCAGACGUUUUACAAGUACUACUCUGGAGAGAAGAAAGCUCCCGUCCUCACCAUCUUCAUCGGUGGAAACCAUGAAGCUUCUAACCAUCUGCAAGAGCUUCCUUAUGGAGGCUGGGUGGCCCCCAAUAUAUACUACUUAGGCUAUGCUGGCGUUGUUCGCUACAAAGGCGUAAGGAUUGGCGGCCUGUCUGGAAUUUUCAAAUCCCACGAUUACAGGAAAGGACACUAUGAGUUCCCACCAUACAACCCAGAGACCCUGCGCAGCGUCUACCACGUCAGGAACAGCGAUGUUUUCAAACUGAAACAGAUCCGGAUGCCCAUGGACGUGUUUAUGACCCACGACUGGCCACGGGGCAUCUACCACUACGGCAGCACAGACGAGCUGCUACGGAAGAAGCGGUUCUUGCGUGAGGAAGUGGAGUCCAGCACUCUGGGCAGCCCAGCUGCCGCUGACCUGCUCCAACACCUGCAGCCCAGCUACUGGUUCUCUGCACAUCUGCACGUCAAAUUCGCCGCCCUGAUGCAGCAUGAGGCCAAAGGUAACACCUCUCCUAAAACCACCAAGUUCCUCUCUCUAGACAAGUGUCUUCCCUAUAGAGACUUCCUUCAGAUAGUGGAGGUGGCGGACAGACCCGGCUCCUCUGAACAGCUGGAGUAUGACCCUGAAUGGCUGGCCAUCUUGAAGGCCACAGACCACCUCCAGAAACCCUCGCCCAGCAUGUGGAACCCCCCGGAGAAUAACGGCCUUCACACAAGGUGGGACUACAGUGCUUCGGGGGAGGCCAUGAUGGAGGUGGUCAGCGACUUGAAUGGUGAGCUCAGCAUCCCGGAGAAUUUCAGCCAGACGGUGCCUCCGUAUGAUCCCACUCGCCCUCAGCCAAACACCGCCCCCUCCUACUCCACCAACCCCCAGACCACCGAACUGUGCGCUACCCUCGGCCUCACAGACGUGUACGUCCUGGCGGGCCAGGGUUGGCGGGGCACUGCAGCGGAGGAGGGUGGGGCCACCGAGGAGGAGGAAGAAGACGAGGACAACCAGAGCACAGGUAGUGUGGAAGAACCCAGCGAAUAUCCCACCGACACCUCGGGUCUCUCCAGCUCCUACAACCCUGAUGAGAUCACCAUCGAGGACGAAUGGGAUGAAGAAGAAGGUGAGGAAGAAGAGAGAGGGUCAGACGCAGUGGUCCCAGAGGCUCCGGAUGGAGCUCGGGACAGUGACAGGGACAGCAGCCCCCCACGAGAGGCCGCUGCCGGGCUUAUCCUACCGCCCCCUCGCACUGAAUCAGAAACGGAGGACCUGCUGCCUUCAUCUUUGGCUCUCAGGCUUCCUCCACCAUCUGGCUCCACGCCGUCCUCCUCCACUGGGCUCUCGCAGACAAGCUCAGAAGAAGAGGGAGGUGCCCCCCCAGCUAGAGUCCCCAAACGCUGCAGUGGGGAGGCCAAAGGCACCCAGAGCCCGUCAGGAGGUACGCCCAGAAUCAAACGACGCAACCAGAGCAUCUACACAGCGGUCGAAGACGAGGAGAGUUAGUUAUAGAUGUCAUUGCUGUCUGUUUGAAUUAGUGGUUCUUAAUCUGAUCCUCAAGGCGACUCAGCAGGUCCACGUUUUUGCUUUGUUUACAGUCCCAGAGCACCUGCGUCAGUUAUUCAGGAGGACUUAAGUAGAAAAUUCUAAUUUAAACCAUUUUCACACUAUUAGUCACCAGGCUAACGUAGCUAAAAAGACUUUUACAUUAGUACAGCGGAAUUUUAGGGCCACUGUUAAAAAAAAAAAAUUAAAUAAAACACCAUGAGAAUUAAGUUGUAAUAUUUUGAGAAUAAAGUCAUAAAGUUACCAGAAUUAGCUCGGGAUAUUUGGAGGAUAAAGUGCGCUAACUGCAGGUGGGCCAUUACAGUGCAAUCGGGCCUUGGCUGCUGUAAGGGCGACGAGGCAGACACCAAGCGUUCCACCAAGCGUGCCGGCGUUCCUCUCCUUCAGGAUCGGUCAGUUUAUCAUUCUCAGCGUCUCCUGUGAAACUACAUGCCCUCUUCGAACGGCACGGAGAUGUGUCCACCGAUAGCCGUGUAGACGGUCAAUGCCUGCGAUUCUCCUUGAACGCAACAACACAGUUUCCUCCGAGUCCGCCUGGUUCUUUACUCGAUUCUUGUGCUGCCACUUCUGCCAUGUCUUAUACUCGUAACACUCUGGUGCUGAUGUGCCAGCAGACUGAGUGUUUCUUUGUGGAAGUUCCUGCCUUCCUUUUUCAAACCCUUUGACCACAAUAUUGCGACUUUUCCUGAAAACACUCGUCUUAAUUGUAAGACUUUAUUCUCGAAAUUUAUUUUUUUUUUACUAUGAUUUUCUUCUAGAAGAUCCGACGUCAUUCUUGAGGUCUUUUAUUUGUUUGUUUUUUUUUUUUUUUAAACAGUUGCCCUAAAAACGUCGUCGUUCGUUAGCCACAUAGCUCCAGCUUCAAAAAGCAAACUUGAGACACUAAACUUGUCUCUGUUCAGGUUAAUGGAGAAAAUAUUGGGUGUAAAUUUGACUUUUCACCGUUUUAUAGCUUCGCCUCAGGUGUGUUGAGACUAAAAAUGUGGAUCAUCUUUAGAGCCCUGGAGACCGGUUUAAAAAGCGCUAGUAUAAUUUAUCGACCAAAACAUGAUUUUUUUCGGUGUGGUGAGUUUAUAUCAUCUGUGUGUUUGAUUCUGACUCCAGGCUCAAACGGCAGAGGAUUUUUUUAAAAUGAGGGUUUUUGUAUUUAUGAUCGACUUUAACUGUUUAAAGUCUUUAGCUUAAGCCCACUGAUGAUAAAAGGUUUUAGACUAUAAUCAUCAAAGCCACCGUUUAUUUUUUUCUCCUGCCAUACUUUCGGUUUGUCUUCACAAGUAUUCGCUCCUGUAGUCUUUCGUACAUCAUCAUCAGCUUUCUCACUCAACGUUGUCAUUGAUUCAUUUGUUUACAUCUUUAUACUACAAAGUUUUCAGGUUUGUUUGUUUGUUUGUUUGUUUUUUUAAUUCGAGAAAGAAAUUCCACACUGUCCUGAAAGUUUUUGUUGUUUUUACUUUCUUUUUUUAGACGGGGCUCAGUUCGGUUUAUACGCUUGCAGUGAUAUUAAAGAACAACGAUCGCUGUGCAGUGA